CCUCGGCUGCGAGAUAGGUGGGGGGAGGGGAGGGGAGAGCCCGAGCGCUGGAGUUGGUGCUGGGAAACCCGGGGCUAAUGUUGACAACAGGCUCGAGAUUGUCCUGGGUAACAUAAUGCCAGCUGAGCGUAAAAAGCCAGCAAGUAUGGAAGAAAAAGAAUCUUUGCUAAACAACAAGGAAAAAGACUGCGGUGAAAGACGGCCAGUGAACAGCAGGGAAAAACCAAAAGAAGAGAUCAAGCUCACUGCCAAGAAGGAGGUUAUUAAGGUCCCUGAAGAUAAAAAGAAGAAACUGGAAGAAGAAAAGAGAAAAAAAGAAGACAAAGAACGUAAGAAAAAAGAAGAAGAAAAGGUGAAGGUAGAGGAGGAAUUGAAGAAAAAAGAGGAAGAAGAAAAAAAGAAACAUGACGAAGAAGAGAGAAAGAAGCAGGAAGAGCAGGCUAAACGACAGCAAGAGGAAGAAGCUGCUCAGCUGAAAGAGAAGGAGGAAUCCCUUCAGCUUCAUCAGGAAGCUUGGGAACGACAUCAGUUAAGGAAGGAACUUCGUAGCAAAAACCAAAAUGCUCCAGACAAUCGACCAGAGGAAAAUUUCUUUAGCCGACUAGACUCAAGUUUGAAGAAAAAUACCGCUUUUGUCAAGAAACUAAAAACUAUUACAGAACAACAGAGAGACUCCUUGUCCCAUGAUUUUAAUGGCCUAAAUUUAAGCAAAUACAUUGCAGAAGCUGUAGCUUCUAUUGUGGAAGCAAAGCUAAAAAUAUCUGAUGUGAAUUGUGCUGUGCACUUAUGCUCUCUCUUUCACCAGCGCUAUGCCGACUUUGCCCCGUCACUUCUUCAGGUUUGGAAAAAACAUUUUGAAGCAAGGAAAGAAGAGAAAACACCUAACAUUACCAAAUUAAGAACUGAUUUGCGUUUCAUUGCAGAAUUGACCAUAGUUGGGAUUUUCACUGACAAGGAAGGUCUGUCUGUAAUCUACGAACAGCUAAAAAAUAUUAUUAAUGCUGAUCGAGAAUCCCAUACUCAUGUUUCUGUGGUGAUAAGUUUUUGUCGACAUUGUGGAGAUGAUAUUGCUGGACUUGUACCAAGGAAAGUAAAGAGUGCUGCGGAGAAGUUUAAUUUGACUUUUCCUCCUAGUGAGAUAAUUAGUCCAGAGAAACAACAACCUUUCCAGAAUCUUUUAAAAGAAUACUUUACGUCUUUGACCAAACACCUGAAAAGGGACCACAGGGAGCUACAGAAUACUGAGAGACAAAACAGGCGUAUUCUACAUUCUAAAGGGGAGCUAAGUGAAGAUAGACAUAAACAGUAUGAGGAAUUUGCUAUGUCUUAUCAGAAGCUGCUGGCAAAUUCUCAGUCCUUAGCAGACCUUUUGGAUGAAAAUAUGCCAGAUCUUCCUCAGGACAAACCAACACCAGAAGAGCAUGGGCCUGGAAUUGAUAUAUUUACGCCUGGUAAACCUGGAGAAUAUGACUUGGAAGGUGGUAUAUGGGAAGAUGAAGAUGCUCGGAAUUUUUAUGAAAACCUCAUUGAUUUGAAGGCUUUUGUUCCAGCCAUCUUGUUUAAAGAUAAUGAAAAAAGUUGCCAGAAUAAAGAGUCCAACAAAGAUGAUUCCAAAGAGGCAAAAGACCUUAAGGAUAAUAAAGAGGUAACAAAUCCUGAUGAUUUGGAACUUGAGUUGGAGAACCUAGAAAUUAAUGAUGACACCUUGGAGCUAGAGGGUACGGAUGAAGCUGAAGAUCUUACAAAGAAACUUCUUGAUGAGCAAGAAUUAUCAGCUUUACUUGAAAGAGCUGUUGGACAAACUGUGGUUAUUCAAACUUGGGCAGCAAUGGAUUUUUGCAUGAACAUGAACACAAAAGCAAAUAGGAAGAAGCUGGUCCGGGCACUCUUCAUAGUUCCCAGACAAAGGUUGGAUUUGCUACCCUUUUAUGCAAGAUUGGUUGCUACAUUGCAUCCCUGCAUGUCUGAUGUAGCAGAGGACCUUUGUUCCAUGCUGAGGGGGGAUUUCAGAUUCCAUGUACGAAAAAAGGACCAGAUCAAUAUUGAAACAAAGAACAAAACCGUUCGUUUUAUUGGAGAACUAACUAAGUUUAAGAUGUUCACAAAAAAUGAUACUUUACAUUGUUUAAAGAUGCUUCUGUCAGACUUUUCCCAUCACCAUAUUGAAAUGGCAUGUACCCUCCUGGAAACAUGUGGAAGAUUUCUUUUCAGAUCUCCAGAAUCUCACUUGAGGACCAGUGUACUUUUGGAACAAAUGAUGAGAAAGAAACAAGCAAUGCAUCUCGAUGCAAGAUACGUCACAAUGGUGGAGAAUGCAUAUUACUAUUGCAACCCACCUCCAGCUGAAAAAACAGUGAAAAAGAAACGUCCUCCUCUCCAGGAAUAUGUCCGGAAACUUUUGUACAAGGAUCUCUCCAAGGUUACCACUGAGAAGGUUUUGAGACAGAUGCGAAAGUUACCCUGGCAGGACCAAGAAGUGAAAGACUAUGUAAUUUGUUGUAUGAUAAACAUCUGGAAUGUGAAAUAUAAUAGUAUUCAUUGUGUAGCCAACCUCUUAGCAGGACUAGUGCUCUACCAAGAAGAUGUUGGAAUCCAUGUUGUGGAUGGAGUUUUAGAAGAUAUUCGAUUAGGAAUGGAGGUUAAUCAACCUAAAUUUAAUCAGAGACGUAUCAGCAGUGCCAAGUUCUUAGGGGAACUUUAUAAUUACCGAAUGGUGGAAUCGGCUGUUAUUUUUAGAACUCUUUAUUCUUUUACUUCAUUUGGUGUUAACUCUGAUGGCUCUCCAAGUUCACUGGACCCUCCUGAGCACCUUUUCAGAAUUCGACUAGUGUGCACUAUUUUGGAUACCUGUGGCCAGUACUUUGACAGAGGUUCCAGUAAACGAAAACUCGAUUGCUUCCUUGUGUAUUUUCAGCGUUAUGUUUGGUGGAAGAAAAGUUUGGAGGUUUGGACAAAAGACCAUCCAUUUCCUAUUGACAUAGAUUACAUGAUCAGUGAUACACUAGAACUGCUAAGACCAAAGAUCAAACUCUGUAAUUCUCUGGAAGAAUCCAUCAGGCAGGUACAAGACUUGGAACGAGAAUUCUUAAUAAAACUAGGCCUAGUAAAUGACAAAGAUUCAAAAGAUUCUAUGACAGAAGGAGAAACUCUUGAAGAGGAUGAUGAAGAAGAAGAAGGAGGAGUAGAAACAGAAGAACAGUCUGGAAAUGAAAGUGAAGUAAAUGAACCAGAAGAAGAGGAGGGUUCUGAUAAUGAUGAGGAUGAAGGAGAGGAAGAAGAGGAAGAGAAUACAGAUUAUCUUACAGAUUCAAAUAAGGAAAAUGAAACUGAUGAAGAAAAUACAGAGGUAAUGAUCAAAGGAGGUGGACUUAAGCAUGUACCUUGUGUAGAAGAUGAGGACUUCAUUCAAGCACUGGAUAAAAUGAUGCUAGAAAAUCUUCAGCAGCGAAGUGGCGAAUCAGUUAAAGUACACCAACUUGAUGUUGCUAUUCCCUUGCACCUCAAAAGCCAGCUGAGAAAGGGGCCCCCACUCGGUGGUGGGGAGGGAGAGGCCGAGUCCGCAGACACAAUGCCGUUCGUCAUGUUAACAAGAAAAGGCAAUAAACAGCAGUUUAAGAUCCUUAAUGUGCCCAUGUCUUCCCAACUUGCUGCAAACCACUGGAACCAGCAGCAGGCAGAACAAGAAGAGAGGAUGAGAAUGAAAAAGCUCACACUAGAUAUCAAUGAACGGCAAGAACAAGAAGAUUAUCAAGAAAUGCUGCAGUCUCUUGCCCAGCGCCCAGCUCCAGCAAACACCAACCGGGAGCGGCGGCCACGAUACCAGCACCCAAAGGGAGCACCUAAUGCGGAUCUAAUCUUUAAGACUGGUGGGAGGAGACGUUGAUCCAGCAGCACGUGUCAUUUCAUUAGGUCCUGUAUCUGAUGUUGUGGAUAGUGGAGUCCUCCAGCAAUUGAAUGAGAGCAGUGGACACAUCUCAGCAUGUCGGUCUAGAGAGUUGCGAAUCCAAACCUGGGACAGGCUGGGGCCAUGAGGCGGGAACAGCAGCCUCUGCCAACACCGGAACAAGCCGACGCUUCCAGAUGAGGCAUAAACGGCCUUUUGUAACGGAAAUCACGUGAGGGUUAAUCUUCUCUUGAGAAUAGCAGUCAAGAAAUGAGACGGUUAACUUGACUCCUGAGCAGUUACACCCAGAAGAGCGGCAGUGAGAUGACUGAGCCGGAGAAGAAAGGGUUGUAAUGGUAAUGGUAUGGGGGAAACGAACUUGAGUUUUAAACUUGAUUUGAGUUACAGUGUCUCUGAAUUGAACAUCUCAUGUUGAAAGAAGAUACAUUUGGGGGCUCCAGGACUACAGUAGAAAAGUAUAGAGCAAGCAGUAAAAUCUUCUAGUAAAAACUUACAUGCAGGACAACAAAAUGAUGAAAGAUAACUAAAUACCAGGUAAUCUACCAGAAAGGCUUUUGUUUAGGAAUUUGCUUCAAGAAGAACAAGGGAUGAGGGAGAAAAAUCAGUUUUAUCCAUCAGGGUCAGUGAUAUAAAAUUGCCUGCUAGGGUGAAAGAAAAAUGUGAAGACUGUUAGUAUACACAGAGCAUGGAUUCAGAUGGCUUAGGGAAGUCUGACACCAGCCUGAGAAGAGGGACACCGAGCCCAUUGUAAGUAUCAUUGGAAACAGCGUGCCAGUCAGCAUGUCACAGGAAAAGGAUGAAGGACAACAAGCAGUGGAUCGGAAGACUUUGUUGACCUUCAUGGGUUUACAGCCUCUGUCUCUAAACAAAGUAUGGAAACAGUAGAGCUUUUGUUUUGCUUUUGUUUUUGUUUUGUUUUGUUCCACCCUCCCAUCCACUCCCCCCAAAUAGAAAUAAGGAUUCUUAGUCUGUUUCUGGCAAUCUGUUAAUUUAUUAGGAUAGUUGUCUUUCGUUUGCUUUCCAAUAGGCGUAGUAAAUUUAGUUAAAGAGCACAUCUGUAAGCUACAACUUGAUUACAUCUUUUUUUCUAGCUAUUUUGCAUUUUUUCUUUUACCAUGUUUCAGUUUCUGCAUGUAGAAUUAAAUAAGAAACAAAACUUGUAAAGUUGUAACAUUUCACUUGGAAAUGCUGCCCGAACUUCACCAGCUUCAAAAAUCUGACCUUUGCCGAUGCUGCAAUAAAGUGUUGUAAUUUAGA